AUGAACUUAAGAGGUUCUUCCAUUGGCUUCAUCACAAACCUCUCAUGGCUACUGCCUUUCUACCUUCUCCUUUUGGUUCCAUUUGCAGCAGCCAAAACCCAUCAUUAUAACUUUGAGGUGAAGUUAUCACCAUUCACCAAGCUUUGCAGCUCCAAGAAAAUUUUGACAGUGAAUGGAGAGUUUCCAGGGCCAACAUUGGAAGCUCAUAGAGGAGAUAAAAUCAUUGUCUAUGUGAUUAACCACACAAAAUAUAAUAUCACUUUUCAUUGGCAUGGUGUAAGACAAAUCAGAAAUCCAUGGCAUGAUGGUCCAGAAUACAUAACACAGUGCCCAAUUCAAGCGGGAAAAAGCUUCACUUACCAAAUUCAACUUACCACUGAAGAAGGAACCAUGUGGUGGCAUGCUCAUAGUGGCUGGGCUCGGGCCACUGCCCAUGGCCUUCUCAUUGUUCGUCCACGCCCAUCAGCUUCAUAUCCCUUUCCUAAACCAUACGCACAGAUCCCUAUUGUAAUUGGUGAGUGGUGGAAGGAAGAUGUAAUGGAAAUACCAAAGAAUGCAAAUAGAAGUGGUGGAGAACCAUUACUUUCAAAUGCAUACACUAUCAAUGGCCAACCAGGAUAUCUUUAUCCAUGUUCUAAACAAGAAACAUUUGAGUUCACAAUGGAGCAGGGAAAAACCUAUCUUCUCCGAAUCGUCAGCGCGGUUAUGGACGAAGAACUCUUUUUCGGAAUCGCAAAGCACAAAAUGACAUUAGUUGGGAAAGAUGGAAUCUACACGAAACAAUUUAAAACAGAUUAUAUUAUGAUUACACCAGGCCAAUCAAUGGACAUACUAAUCACUGCUAAUCAAUCCCCAGGAAUGUAUAUUAUGGCUACAAGAUCCUACUCGAGUGCUUUUGGUGCUGGCUUUGAUAACACCACAGCCACAGCCAUUCUUAAGUACUCAACAAUAACAUCACCAAAUCCCCCAAAUCCCUUUUUUCCACACUUACCUCCCUAUGAUAGAACCGAAGCAGCAACGGAUUUCACCAAACGUCUACGAAGCUUGACGACAGUAGAUGUUUCUUUAGAAGUUGAUACUCGUUUGUUUUUCACUUUAUCUGUUAACCUAAUGGAUUGCUCUAACGAAGAUAAGCCUUGUGCUGGGCCAUUUGGGAAGAGAUUUGCUGCAAGCAUCAACAAUGUGAGCUUUGUGACACCAUCAGUUUCUUUACUUGAAGCUUACCACAACAAAAUUGGUGGCGUGUUUACGACAGAUUUCCCCGGAAACCCACCAAGAAAAUUCAACUAUACCGGCGAGAAUCUACCGGAAAAGUUGUUGCCUACUUCUUUUGGGACUAAGGUAAUGGUUUUGGAGUAUAAUGCUAGUGUGGAGCUGAUUUUGCAGGGUACUAAUGUGCUUGCAAGUGAUAAUCAUCCUGUUCAUUUGCAUGGCUAUAGCUUUUACGUUGUAGGAUGGGGAUUUGGGAACUUUGACCCGAAAACUGAUCCGAAACGGUAUAAUCUCGUCGACCCACCAGAGGAGACGACAGUUGGAGUUCCUAAAAAUGGCUGGGUUGCUAUCAGAUUCAAGGCAAAUAACCCAGGAAUGUGGUUGAUGCAUUGCCAUAUAGAGCGUCACCAAGUAUGGGGCAUGACCAUGGUGUUCUUAGUGAAAGAUGGACUUGCUCCUCAUCAACAAAUUCUCCAUUCUCCACAUGAUUUGCCUUCAUGCUAGCUACAAUUACCUUCAAUUCUUGGGUUUUAUAUAUCAAUCUUCCUUAUAAUUAUUACAUUAUUGGGUUUUAUCAUAAAUGUA